UGCGCACUGACCACAAGCGGCCGGUCUUUAAAAAAAGGAAUCCUUAUGCCAACCGAUGUAAUCAAGGCGAAGAAUUAUCUCUUAUCUCUGGGCAUACAUGGUGAAAUUCCCAUGGGAUCAGAGAGGAUGGAGAUGCGAAAGAGGCAGAUGUCGGGGCAGCAGGAGCUGGUGGCGGGAGGCACAACGACGGGAACGGCGCCAGCCCAGCAUGAGCAGGCUGGUCAGGGCGAGCGUGCCUCAAAUGCCUGCUGUUUCUGCUGGUGCUGCUGCUGUAGCUGCUCAUGUCUCACUGUUAGGAAUGAAGACAGGGAGGAGAGGAACCGAAAAGCCUCGCACGACGUCAAAGCUGAGGACCCUGGUGACUGUGAGGAGAGUCCAAAACCCACUAUGGAUGAAGUGUGCUCAUGGGGGCAAUCCUUUGACAAGCUGAUGCGUUGCCCUGCUGGACGUUGCGCCUUUCGGCAAUUUCUGCGCACAGAGUUCAGUGAGGAGAACCUGCUCUUCUGGCUAGCCUGUGAAGAGUUCAGCAAGGAGACCAACAAGAGCAUCAUCUCAGAGAAGGCACGCCUCAUAUAUGAGGACUACAUUUCCAUCCUCUCACCCAAAGAGGUGAGCCUGGAUUCCCGCGUUCGGGAGGUAAUAAACAGGAACAUGCUGGAGCCCACGUCUCACACGUUUGAUGAUGCCCAGCUCCAGAUUUACACGUUAAUGCAAAGAGACUCGUACCCACGCUUCAUGAACUCCCCUGUCUACAAAAACCUCCUCAAGAGCGUCUCGGAGCAAUGUCCCGAAUCCUAAAAUCUCUGUGAUCCCACUCGAAUUCUCCCUUCCCCCAUCUUCAUUUUGGGUUCCUUUUUUUUCAUUAUGUGGAGUUUGUUUAAAAGGACCUUACAGUGGGUCCUCCCAGGGAUUUUCCACAUUAGAGAUCUGUACCUGAACAAGACACUCAGGUCUCCAGGUCACUGGAAUUUUAAAUCAAUGUCUCAAAUCUCCUGAGGGCUCAAUACCACAAGUACUGCUACAAAUCAACAUAGCAAGAAGCUCCAAAGGAUUAUCAGCGCAUUUUCAUAUUUCUAAGACCAAAUUAUUUAUUUUCUUUGUGAUUUGAAUUGUUUUCAUUCCCUUUCUUUUUUUAAUUUCGAAGAUGAUGUGAUGCCCAGUGUGGGGUUAUUUACAGUAUACACAUUAGAUAUAUUUAUGAAUUUGUAAUAUAUUUUCUCUUGUCUUAGAAAAUUUCAAGAAAAGGGAAUCAUGGGUAACAUAGGGGAUGUGCUCAGUUCUAGACAAUACAGAUAAGAAUCAGAGAUCAAUCAUAGUCAAGGCAACACAUCAGCUUUAUUUAAAGGAAACUGUGUGCUGUAACUAUAAUGUUCCAUGACCUGUUCGCUGUCGGAAUAGCUUAGCAUGUCUAAUUGGAAAAGAUCUUUCUUAUUUAUUUAUGGUAGGGCUUUAUUUCUUUUUCUUGAAACUUCAAAUUGUUAUUAAAGGCAGAAGGUGAAACCUUACGUUUCUGGUAUAAAAAAUAAUAUUAAAAAAAAAACAAAAAAAGACAAGUAAAAAUCAAAUCUUUAAACACUUAAUCUUCACACUGAUAUACUUAAUGCCAAAAAAGUAUUUUUCUCGUUGAUGGUUUAAAAAUCGGUGGCUAUUAUAUUCUACUAUACUACAAUGCAGCCUGUAGGUAAACAAUAUAAUCCUUGUAUUUCAGACUUUUGAACCUUUUGCAUAGAUGGUAAACAUUGUGAUAUAUACCCUCCGAGAUCCAGUCUUGACACAAACUCUCUGGUGUAUGAACUAAUGCUACACCAGUGUAGAGCUGGUGAAGAACCAACUACACAACCAAUUACUUUUUAUUUGUCGUUUUAUCUUACCUUGACUUGACUUGACUUGGUUUACGCAACAUUCACUCAUUUCAAAUGUUUUAUUUGAUGUAAUCCUGGUAAAAAAAAAAAAAAAAAAAAAACCUGUUAAGUGUCCAGUUACCUCCAAACCUCACAUGAAGGCGAAUACCUUAAUCUUACAGUAUACCUGAAAGCAUAAUCCUGUAUUAAAGCAUCAGAAUGACUUAUAGCUGUCUUGAGAUGAGUAUUUUAAACGUGGAAGUAUUUUACUAUUUUAUCAAAUAUCUUUCGAUCGAUCCUUUGUCCUCGAGCCCCUCUGAGUUGUACAUUUUUGCUGUUUUACAUUUUUCUUAGUUUUCACUCAACUCUCUAGCUACUUAACACACCCUCCAUGAGGUAAACACAGUUUAUGUAAUACAGGGACACUUGGAGAGGCAGAUUUGGGAGAUUCUAAUGACUAAAUGGAUAAAUAUUUAGGACUUAUUUGUAGGUGACACCAAAGUAGCCAAGUUGAGUUAAACUGUGGUAUUACUAGCUUAUUCUCUGAAAGCACUGAGUAGAAUCAGUGGCCAAGUUUGUUUGUUUUUUAAUAGUUUUAUCAAUUAUUUUGUUGCCUGACAAAGACAAGAUCCUCACUCGGGGAAGUGCCUUGACAUUCAAUUGUGUGACAUCGCUCUUAUGGCAAUAGUUGACUCCAACUCUUGCCGCAGAAAUGGACUCUGGGCCUUUGAUCAAUUUCUGAUGUGAUUUGUCCUGACUUCUGAAAUUCAUUCUUGCACUUCAUUUGUGUGUUUUGUUUUGUUUUAUUUCCUAAUAAUCCUUUAUUUAUUUUUUUUAUUUAUUUUUUUACCAUCACCGAAGUCACGACAUUUGAAGGAUCAAGAGAUUGGGACGAUUCAAAAAGUGCGAUUGAUCCGAGUCCAGACACGCUUCUGCCAGUAUGUGUUACAUGGGGGUACUUCCGCUCAUUAUUUACUCAAUAUGUGCAAUCUGAGCUGAUGGAUUCACCACAUAGAUCAACCUCAAUUUAAGCCAAUGGUUUUGAUGUGAUACUGCCUAUAUUUUUAUUUCUGGGGUUCAUUUUUUUUUGUUUUGUUUUGUUCUGGUUUUAUUUUGUUUCAUUGGUGUUGUGAAAAGUACGCAAGAGUGUUAUUUUCUGAUCGGUUUACAAAACAGAGUAUACAUUUUUAAAAAUGAAUAAUAUCUGAAUGUUUACAGUAAUCUGUUUCUGUUUUACUCAACUGAGGAAAAAAAAAACAUCUGUGGGCAUUUAAAAAAUCUUUAAGAUGAAAAUAAAGCACAAUAAUUUUA